AUGGCACAAGUGGCAAGAGAAAUUACCUUGCUGCCCGCCGAGCAACUCUUGAGGGAAUUCCUGCUGGAGUGUUCGCAAUCGUUUCCAGGGCUGGAGAUAUGGGUGACCGGCGGCUGGGUUCGCGACCGUCUGCUGGGCAUUCUCUCCUCCGACAUGGACCUGGGGCUGAGCAACACCACGGGAAAAGAAUUCGGCACCUUUUUGGAAAAAUUUUCCGCCAGACCUGAAGUGGUAUCGAAGUACAGCCGUAGAGCAGCUGAGCUUGGCAUCCCAGAUACGCUCUUUACGAAGUUUCACAUCAUGAAGAGAAACGCCAACAUGUUCAAGAAGCUGGAGACUGCCGGCGGCAGACUGUUCGGUCUCGAGGUCGACAUGGUGAACCUGCGAAAGGAAGUGUACGACGGCCAAAGCCGCAAUCCCGACAUGGAGUUUGGGACGGCCGCGGAGGAUGCCUUUCGUCGCGACGCUACGGUCAACGCGCUGUUCUUUCACCUAGAGAGGCAGGAAGUGGUUGACCUCACCGGUAGGGGCAUCAGGGACCUGGAUGCGAAGAUUAUGAGGACGCCGCUGGACCCGCGGCAGACGUUCAUGGACGAUCCGCUGCGUGUGCUGAGGCUGAUCAGGAUCGGCAGUAGGCUUGGCUUCGCCAUCGAUCCGGCUGCGAUGGCGUGUAUGCGGGAUGCGGAGAUUCACCGGCUGCUAGACACGAUGAUCACUCGCGACAGGGUCGGGGCCGAGCUGUUCAAGAUGAUGCGGGGUGCGAACCCAGAGGGCGCGUUCCAGCACAUUUGCGAUGCGAAUCUGUACAUGCCAGUUUUUGUUCGCCUCAACUCGCCACUGGCCUCGACAUUACCGGGUAUGUUUCCGUCGCCGGCGACAAACAAACCUUUGCCGUGGCCGGUCAGUUGGUCACAAGGCUUUCAAAUACUCUCAAAAGUACUACAACACAAGAGCAGCCUCGCCAAGCUGGUGGACAAUGAGAAGAAUGUCGACUUGGUAUGGACGAUGGCUGCGUACGCACCGCUGGCCGGGCUGCGUCGCACUAAGCCUAAAGAAGUAGUCCAGGAGGCAGAGAGUGCCAUCCGAUGUCCUGCCAAGUUGUCGCAGGUUCUAGAGAGCGCGCUCAGAAACUUCGACGCCAUCGAUGCCAUGGUGAGUCUCGUUGCGGCGGCGAACGAGCAAGAUCGACCACCUCGGCGGAGCACUGUAGGCAUGGCAGUACGCUCCUGGGGCGUGACAUGGACGACGCAGGUCGUAUUUGCACUGCUCUCGCAGGCUGUUUCCAUCGGAAACGAGCAAGUUGCAAGAGGCGCAUCUGCUACUGAGGGUAGCAUGGUUGACGCGCUGCUGCGUAAGUAUUCUCUCUUUGCCGAUUUUGUAUAUCGUGAGGCGUUGUUCGAUGCCGCCACGCAACGUCCCCUCCUAAACGGCAAUGAUAUUCGAGCCGUAUUCGGACUGCAGGAAGGGGGCAAGUACUUGAAGAGCGUUUUGGAAAGGCUGAUGGAAUGGCAGUUUGAUCAUGCGGACGAGGGAGCGGAAGCGGCCCAGGCGUGGUUGCUGAGCAAGAGAGCGGAAUUACCGCUUCCGCAAGCUGAUAAGUAA